AUGGCGCGUUACAUUCCACGCGCCACCCUCAUAUCCAUCACCCCCAUUCCCAUCGGAAACACUCCCAGACCGAAUUCCAUCCUCCCUCCCCAAACUCACCGUUUCGACGCCUCCAAAGCCUCGCUCUUCUUCGGCCGGAGAUUCCACGCGCUCUGCGGCGGCGGGCGGAGAACGGGUCCGAGACCGUCGCUACGAAUCUGCGCGGCGCAGAGAGACUACCGGAGAGUGAGGCGGCGAGCUCCGAAGAGCAAGGUCAAGGAGCUCGAGCUCAACGUCAGCAUUUGCAUCGAGGAAGAGUUGCCGGACGAUCCUGAAAUCCUUGGCGUUGCGGAAUUGCUGAGGAUUAAUGUGCCGAUGGCGUUGAAGCUAGCAUUUGAUGGUUUAAAAGGUUCGGAGUAUAAAACGAGGGACAAUGCCAUUAGCGAUGUUGGAGGUUUUCAAAGCGUGGAGCUUUCGGUGAUGCUUUGUAAUGAUGAGUUUAUCCGAAAGCUUAACAAAGAGUGGAGAGAUGAGGACCACGCUACUGAUGUUCUUUCGAUGUCGCAACAUGUCCCUGAGCUCAGGCUUCCCAUUCUUAUGUUGGGCGACGUUGUGAUUUCUGUUGAGACGGCAGCGAGACAAGCAGAAGAAAGAGGACAUACACUUCUUGACGAGAUACGCAUUCUGAUGAUACAUGGAUUGUUGCAUCUAUUAGGAUUUGAUCAUGAGAUAAGCGAAGAAGCCGAAGUGGAAAUGGAGAAGGAGGAGGAGCUUCUCUUGAAGAGCCUUGGGUGGGCGGGAAAAGGAUUGAUUCAAAGUGCGUCCAAUGCUGAAAUCAAUGCAAUUUCCCAUGAGGAUAAACAAGAUGACAGGAAGAGAGAAGGCAGCCUUCGAUUUUAUAAACCAAAGUUCAAAUAUAUUUUCUGCGAUAUGGAUGGCACCCUUCUCAACAGUAAAACACAAAUCAGCUCAACAACUGCAAAGGCUCUUAAGGAGGUCUCAUCAAGGGGUGUGAAAAUAGUGAUAGCAACAGGAAAAACUCGCUCAGCUGUGAUCAACGUUUUUAAAAUGGUAGACUUAGCAGGAAAAGAUGGCAUUGUUUCAGAAUUUUCUCCUGGAGUUUUCUGCCAGGGAUUGCUCGUUUAUGGUAAGCAAGGACGGGAAAUCUUUAAAGGGAAUUUAGAUCCAAAUGUCUGCAGAGAGGCAUGCCUUUACUCUUGGGAGAAUAGGAUACCACUUAUUGCUUACAGCGAGGAUCGUUGCUUCACUCUAUUUGACCACCCGCUAGUUGACUCUCUGCACACUGUAUAUCAUGAGCCAAAGGGAGAGAUCAUGCCUUCAGUUGAGCAUCUCUUGGCUGCUGGUGACAUACAGAAAGUGAUCUUCAUGGACACUGCCGAAGGAGUCGCAACUACUUUGAGGCCAUACUGGUCAGGAGCCAUUAGAGAUCGUGCGGCAGUUGUUCAAGCUCAGCCAGACAUGCUUGAAAUUGUACCCCCGGGGACCUCAAAAGGGAGUGGCGUAAAGUUGCUGCUUGAUCAUUUGGGCGUCACUCCAAAGGAGAUCAUGGCUAUUGGAGAUGGAGAAAAUGACAUUGAGAUGCUUGAGCUAGCUUCUUUGGGUAUUGCUCUUAGCAAUGGUUCAGAGAAAACAAAGGCUGUUGCUAAUCUAAUUGGUGCCAGUAAUGACGAAGAUGGUGCAGCUGAUGCAAUCUACCGGUAUGCAUUUUGA